UUUUCUUUUCUCACACACUUUCUUUUAUAUAUAACCUUUUUUUUUUUUCUUUUCAUUCGUUAUGCCUGGACCUGCUACUUUUUUCACUUUGGGUGCUGUUGGUGUUGCUGGUGCAAUGGGUUACAGACGAAGAAGUUCACAAGCCAAUGCUGAAGAGAAUCCAACGGAUAUGUCUCCACAUGCCAUGGCUAGACGACGGUCCUCUACAGUGCAACCUGAUGCCUAUUGGGAUCAAAAUAGACAAGCUGAUUAUCAAUGGCGUCGAGAUUAUGGUGCCAACUUUAGUCAUAAUUCACAAAAGAAAUUCCCUGCUGAUAUCACUCAGAAACAAAAUAAAUAAAUAAAUAAAAAAUUUUAAAUCACUGUUUUUCACAUCAAAA